GCAUGUGCAGAACCAUCUUCUGACUGCGCAUGUGCGGCACACAGAAGAUGGCAUCGUCCAUGAGUGGGAUGUUUUCUGGUCAGCAGCCGCCCGGUGCUCAUCCCGUCGGGGUUCCAGUUGGACCGGGACAGCCGGGCUUCCCCGGUACUACUACCAGAGCCCCUGGAAACAACACGUUGGUGGAUGAACUGGAGGCUUCCUUCGAGGCAUGUUUUGCAUCUCUGGUAAGCCAAGACUACGUUAAUGGAACUGACCAGGAGGAGAUUCGAACUGGUGUUGACCAGUGCAUUCAAAAGUUCCUGGACGUGGCUCGACAGACAGAGUGCUUCUUCUUACAGAAAAGGCUUCAGUUGUCUGUGCAGAAACCUGAGCAGGUGGUGAAAGAGGAUGUGUCAGAGUUACGUAAUGAGCUACAGAGGAAAGAAUUGCUGGUUCAGAAACACUUGUCCAAACUGCACCACUGGCAACAAGUGCUCGAGGAUGUGAGCGUUCAGCACCGCAAACCCUCCGACCUUCCUCCUCCUGGACCGCUGGCCUUUCUGGAGCAGGCCUCUGCGAGUCUGCCGCCUGCCCCUUUAAAACCAAACUAACAAACUAACAUAGGUGCGGUCACAUUAGUCUUCUGUUAAAUCAAAUUGUCCCACACCCAGAAUGUGAUGUUGAACUCUGACCUAUCUGCAGGACAAAAGUGUAAAGUGACCGCACCCGAACACUAUAAAGAAGAGACACACACACACACACCACGUUUGUCGGGUGAUGCCUGCCGUCAGGUGUCAACCUGUGAGAAAACUGUGGAACAUUUUGUUGUCACAGCUCAGCUGUGGGGGAAAAUCACAACAUAGUUUUAUUUCAACUUCUUUUCAGUAUUUUGAUUUAUGUAAAUAUUUCUGUUGCCGAAUUUUUUACUGUAAAAUUAAAAUUUCUGAGUAUUUUGACUCUGGA